UAUUACCCGUGGUGGGCACUAGUAGACUUCCUAUUUCCCGCGGUGGGUAUUAGCAGGAUACCUUUACCCCCUGUCACCUGUGUUGUGAAUGUGAAGUGGGACAUCCUUUCCCGUGUGCCGCAGUCCUCUAGACAUGUGGGAACCUUCAGGAGGAGGCUGACCUAUAAUAACACUGUGUGUGACCACGGGCACCAGACUGGCACUGCCCCGAGCCCGGCACUUUCUGUCUCUCCGCCCCCUGUGUCGCAGCUGUCUCCCAGCGGCCUCCCCGGCUGUGUGUCCCCGGCGCAGAGUGCCUGCCGUGCCGGCCUCAUCUCUUCGUACGUGCCGCAGGCCGCAGCAUCAUUGCGCAUGAGCGAGAUCGCCGAGAGCCCGUGAGAGCGGAGAGCACCACUCACACUCACCGGGAGGCCGAGCACCAACAUGAACAAGUUGAAAUCCUCGCAGAAAGAUAAAGUUCGUCAGUUUAUGAUCUUCACACAAUCCAGUGAAAAGACUGCAGUUAGUUGCCUGUCACAGAAUGAGUGGAAGUUAGAUGUCGCCACAGACAACUUUUUUCAGAACCCUGAACUCUAUAUCCGAGAGAGUGUAAAAGGAGCAUUGGACAGAAAGAAAUUAGAGCAGCUUUAUAAUAGAUACAAGGACCCUCAGGAUGAAAAUAAAAUUGGAAUAGAUGGCAUCCAGCAGUUCUGCGAUGAUUUGGCACUUGAUCCCGCCAGUGUCAGUGUAUUAAUUAUUGCGUGGAAGUUCAGAGCAGCCACACAAUGCGAGUUUUCAAAGCAGGAGUUCAUGGAUGGCAUGAUUGAAUUAGGGUGUGACAGUAUAGAAAAGUUAAAAGCACAGCUACCGAAAAUGGAACAAGAAUUAAAAGAUCCAGGGCGAUUUAAGGACUUUUAUCAGUUUACAUUCAACUUUGCAAAAAAUCCAGGGCAAAAAGGUCUAGACUUAGAAAUGGCCAUUGCCUAUUGGAAUUUAGUUCUAAAUGGAAGAUUUAAAUUCCUAGACUUAUGGAACAAGUUUUUAUUGGAACAUCAUAAAAGGUCGAUACCUAAGGACACAUGGAACCUAUUACUAGAUUUCAGCACAAUGAUAGCAGAUGAUAUGUCUAACUAUGAUGAGGAAGGAGCAUGGCCAGUUCUCAUUGAUGACUUUGUGGAGUUUGCACGUCCUCAAAUCGCAGGGACAAAAAGUACAACGGUGUAGCACUAAGGAACCUUGUAGAAUGUACAUAGUCUGUACAAAGUAACACAACAAAAAAUUGCACAGUCAAAUUUCUUUUGGCUGGACUAAAGUGAAGAUCAGCCCUUUGGGCAGUUUCAAAGGGUUUAAACAGACAUUUGGAGACAUCUUAAGACCAUAUCCAUUUUUUUUCUUUUUGGUGGUUUGGGCCUCUCUACUUGUCCUGGAGCGAAAUUUUCACAUCAUGUUUCCAUAUUGUGGAUUUAAUCGCAUAUCUGUGGAAUAUCCUAGUUUGCUAACUCAUAAUUUUAAAGGAAUCCUAUGGCUUUCACAUUCCCAUAAAGCACAAUGGCGCCUUCAUUUGCUAACGUCAUCAUGGCCUUGGUGAAAGUUUGUUUGCUAGUUUCAGAGCCUAUGUGCAGGUAGCACCUCAUCACAUCAAGUGCUGUUCAAUAUGGUCAGUUUUGGAUUUCACCAACACAAAGGUAAAACCCUUGCUUGUAAAUACCAAAGCCUUUGGAGGAAGUGGAGAGGACUUCAAAUCAACGAUGACAAUAGUUUUGCCCUUCAUCCAUAUAUUGUUAAAUUGUUAACAUCAUGUUAGAUUUUGGAUCAUUUUCUGAAAAUAUUCAGUAUUUUUAAGAAACAAAACUGCAUUUAUUUCUUACUCUAGGUAAAAAGGAAGUCAAGGUUUGUAUUAGAGUCUGUGGUAGUGGUUGGUGUCAGUACAGUUCUACAAUGUUGGUAUUUAAGGAGAUGAACCCAUCCCAUUACUCCAUUUUCAUUUGAGGAAGGAUAUAUUUUGGUCAUCAGAGCACCCUUAAUUAUAAUCUGUCUCUUGUCUUAUCAGACACUUCUUUACCACUCUUUCUACAUCCGUCUAUAAGCCCGCAAUGGAUUUCCACAGAAGAGAAAGGUGAUUUGUACACAUACAAUACAUAUCUGCAAAAGAGAGGUGGACAAUACAAUAACAAAACCAGUUCCAGGUCGCAUUCUUUGUAGGGGCUGGUUUGUCAUGAAUUAUUUUAAGAAACAAAGCAGCCCUGCUCCAGAAAGCCAAGUGCAGUUUUUGUUUUCUUUACUUUUAAAACCUGGAAGUCUCCAUAAAAUAUUUAAUGGAUGUGGUUUUGGUGUCGCAUUUAUUAACACUUUUCUUAGUCAUUUGAGCCUUCUGUUUUUGUCACUUUUGACUGCCAACUAAUGUGCAAACAGAAUAUGGAGAAAGCUUAUAAUACUACACUACACAUAAUGUCUGGUUUGUUCAGGAUGUGUUCUGGUGCCGUCACGGUUUUGACAAGACUUAUAGCCAUGAUUGAGGAAAAUAGUGGUUAAGCCACAAUGGUACUGUAAUGCAUCCGCUACUUAGUCUUUCUACAGGUGGGGACUUUUAGCCCCCCCCCCAAAAAAAAACCAGAUGUGCGUAGAUAAUGAAAGCGCUAGUCUUCACAAUUGCCUUAGGCCAGGUUCUCAGACUAGGACUGCCUUGUGGGAACAAAACCAAGCCCUCAUGGGGAGGCCAAUAGCUGCACUAUUUUGCCAGUAAUGCUGUUUUACUGGCAAAAUUGUGCAGCCAUUGGCCACUGCAUGUAGGUGUGGUUUUGAUCACAUGCAGUGCGUCAACAGGUCUUUGUGUGGGUCCAUAUUAAGAAUUGGUAUGCACUCUGUGUUGUCAUUGUGAUUCUGUACAGCACUGUAUUAAAGAGCUGGAAACAAAGUUAUUAGCGGCUACUAUCACCAUAGGAGCAGGGUCACACAGGGCGCAUUGGCAGCAUUUUCAUGCUGCGGAUGCACUGACAGCAGUCACAGGGUGACUGCAGAACUAGCUCCAAGCUGCGUCAAAUACGCUGCGGAUGUGCCCUGUGUGACCCUGCUCUAAUACAGCAUUCAAAGUAGCAUGCAACAGUAUUCCCCUAUACUGCCAGGUUCCUUAAUUCCUUAUAAAAUUAGAGGCAUACGGAUGUUCAGUACGGCUCUGCACAACUCAGGGCCUGUAGCAUGGGGCCUUAGUACAACUAAAUUAGUUUGGCAGCAAAGACGUAUUAAUGAAGGAAUACAUUUUUAUAUUUAACUGCUAUUUAUUGGCACCUGCAUCCUUAUUAUCAUUGUUGUUUUAUUAGUAUGUGGGAGAUAUAUGAUGGCAUCCUGUCAAAAAGCUGACUUAUAUGCCACAAUGUACUGGCAACUGGCUUACUGAAUGUGAUGGACCAAGCAUAGUCAGCGACUGACAUAUGCAGCCCUUUAUGCCUUUUUUGCGGGACAUGUCUGCUGCACUUUAGACAUUCUGGAUAGUGGCCAGUACUGUUAUUGGUCUAUUAAUGGGCCUGUUGUUGGUAUGCCAUGAUACAUAUCGGCAUACCUUUCUGGCAGGAUGUCCUCAUGUGUUACCAAUGUAAUGGUACUGAUAAAAUGCUCUGCAAAUGCAGCCUUAAAAUCAUUUUCAUUGCUGCAUUAAUGUGUUAUGGUAGUGGCCACACUACUGGAGCCCAAUUGUAUUUUGCUUUGUUUUGGGGUCAUGUUGGCAUUGACAGUCUCCUUUUCAAGGACUUCCAGUCAUGUGGCUGCUUCUCAUAAGUAACAGGCUCUGUUCACAUUUGUGUAACAUAUUGUUAGGUUUCUGUUGCUUUUUGAUCGGCAGAACAGCAUAGCAUUAAAAGGGUACUCCGCCGCUAGACAUCUUAUCCCCUAUCAACAUGUCUGAUCACAGGGGGUGCAGCUGCUGGGACUCCCCACGAUCUCCAUCCAUUUAUGUUUACAACGCUGGCUGGGCUAGGCUUCGGGCCGUGUCUAUGUGAGAGUUAAGCAGUGGGUGUGAUGGCUGUGGUCGCUCUUAUUCCACCAUGGUGUUUUCUCUGUGCAUGCGGAUAACUGGAGUGCGGGUCUGGAGAUCAGACAUCUUGUUCCCUAUCCUUUGGAUAGGGGAAAAGAUGUCUAGGGGCUGAGAAACAGUGUGAAGAGAUCUUAAUCCCAUUUUAUUUAUAUCAAUGCAGAAGUCUAUAGAACAUGAGGAAAAAUCAAACAAGGAGGAAAGUCAUUAUUUUUUAUUGAUCCACAAAGUAAAGCCAAAUAUAUAUAUAAAAAUGAGAUCUGUCACUGUAUGUUAUGUAGUUUUCUAUUAUUUAAGUCAAUCAUUUUAUGUAAAAUAAUAAAGUUGUGCAAAUGCAGGCAGGACUGUUGAAUAAAGCCUGUGGGUCCUGCUUCUCACACCCAUACAUGGUAAAUGACCGCUUUACUUGAAAUAAAGGGGUACUCCGGUGAUAAACUUUUUUUUUUUUUUAAAUCAACUGGUGCCAGAAAGUUAAACAGAUUUAUAAAUUACUUCUAUAA